GAUCUCACAUAGUAGCAAUCUUCGCUAUUAUCGUUUUCCUCGCAUACUCGAGCAGCAAGUUCUAGUUCUCUGAUACAAUCGAUGGCCAGAAAGAAAAAAGAAGAACAGGAGGUCUUUCAAGUUGAGGUCAUCACCAAGGCGCGUGUCGGUGAUGAAGGCGAAUGGGAGUAUUAUGUCAAGUGGGCGGGUUAUGAUUCGGACUCCAACAGCUGGGAACCUCAGGGAAAUGUCGAGGGCUGCGCGAGGUUGUUAAGGAGCUUCUGGGACCAUAUCGGCAAUGACGAUAAAGAUUGGCCCAUUGGCUACCACUGCAGCGCCGAAGAUUCAUGGAUAGAAAAAGAAAAGAGAUCUUUUGCGAUGGAGUUCGGCCGGCAGGAGGCAGAAGAAGCCAGAAGGAAGAAAGCUGCAAGACGGAGCAAAAACAAGGAGAGACAAAAUAGAGAGAGACAAACUAACACACCCUCAAUAGAGAGUGAUGCCGAUGAUUCAGACGCUUUAGAAGAUGUACCUCUCGCGAAUUCACAUCCUGUUGGGAAAAAGCGCAAAACAGUAGUGCUAAGCGAUGAGUCCGGGAAUAGUUCAGACGAGCGUCCAAUAAAAACAUCAAAAAUACGA